AUGCUAUUCCACUGGGCAACCUUCGGGUUGCUCUUUGUCCUAAUACAGCUUGCUAUAUGCGCAGAGGACUUCUAUAAAAUCCUCGGAGUAGACCGACAAGCAACGGACAAGCAGAUCAAGUCGGCCUACCGACAACUCAGUAAAAAAUACCAUCCGGACAAGAAUCCAGGCGACCCAACAGCUAAGGACAAAUUCGUCGAAGUAUCCGAAGCCUACGAAGCCCUCUCGGACCCAGAAUCGCGUAAAAUCUACGACCAAUACGGACACGAGGGUCUAAAACAGCGCAGCCAAGGCGGCGGACACCACCACGAUCCCUUCGACCUAUUCAGCCGAUUCUUCGGCGGGGGCGGACAUUACCAGCGCGGACAACCGCGGGGUCACGACAUCGAGAUCAAAGUCGGGAUCUCGCUGCGCGACUUCUACAACGGCCGGGACACAGAGUUCUCAUGGGAGAAGCAACAAAUUUGUGAAGAGUGCGACGGGAGUGGGUCUGAAGAUGGUGUCGUGGAUACAUGUGGCCAUUGCGGCGGACACGGCGUGCGCAUUAUUAAGCACCAGCUCGCGCCUGGCAUGUUCCAGCAGAUCCAAACAACAUGCGACGCCUGUGGCGGUCGCGGAAAGUCAAUUAAGCAUAAAUGCCCUGUCUGCGGCGGUAAUCGCGUCGUUCGCAAGCCUACUACCGUGUCCCUGAAGAUCGAGCGCGGUGUUGCGCGCGACGCUAAGAUCGUGUAUGAGAACGAGGCGGACGCGAGUCCGGACUGGAUAGCUGGUGAUCUUGUCGUUACGUUAGUGGAGAAGGAACCCGAUUUCGAAAACGAUAACCCGGAUCAUGUCGAUGGAGGCUUUUUCCGUCGGAAGGGGAAUGAUCUCUUCUGGCGCGAGGUGCUGUCGCUGAGGGAGGCGUGGAUGGGUGAUUGGACGCGCAAUAUUACGCAUCUUGAUGGACAUAUUGUUCGAUUGGGACGUAAGCGCGGAGAGAUUGUGCAGCCGGGUCAUGUGGAGACCGUAGAGGGCGAGGGUAUGCCGAUAUGGAGCGAAGACGGUGAUUCCGUGUACCACCAGUACGAAUUCGGCAAGUUAUAUGUCGAGUAUGUGGUCAUAUUACCUGACCAAAUGGAAUCGGGCAUGGAAAAGGAGUUCUGGUCCGUCUUCGAGAAAUGGAGGAGGAAGGUCGGUGUCGACCUACAAAAAGACAGUGGAAGACCAGACGAACCGGUGAAGAUUAAAGAGGAAAAGGAUGAAUUGUGA